CCUUUAGGGGCAUUAGCCUAGGCUACUUUCACAGAAAGCACUAGCAGGCUUGAAAGUGAAUAGCCAGCAGCACCUACUGUAACUGAAAUUGUAACCGACUAGGCUACGGUGUUUCCUAAAUCGUUUGCAUUAUUGAGAGUAAUUCUAGGCGCCACGCAAGGAGCGUUUGUCUUCACCCAGAUCGACACCUCGACAGGAGCAUCCAGAGACGGUUGAAAAAGCAGUAGGCUAUUUAAGUAUCUUUGGAGCAUCAGUCCUAAUCAGGUUUUACAGUUGGUCAGGUCUGCGACACCGGCCAGCCCCUACAGUGUUUGGGUAUCAAUGUGACGGACAGUAACAGCACAUCCAGCAUAGCAAUGGGUCAGGACCGGGGAAAGUACGAUUUCUACAUUGGCCUGGGGUUGGCCAUCAGCUCCAGUAUAUUCAUCGGUGGAAGCUUUAUAUUGAAGAAAAAAGGGCUUCUCCGCCUUGCCAGGACAGGCUCUACGAGAGCAGGACAAGGCGGACAUGCAUACCUAAAAGAAUGGUUGUGGUGGGCAGGCUUGUUAUCAAUGGGAGCAGGUGAAGGUGCAAACUUUGCUGCUUACGCAUUCGCUCCAGCUACUCUCGUGACGCCACUUGGCGCCCUCAGUGUUCUUGUGAGUGCCAUACUGUCCUCCUACUUUCUGACGGAGAGGCUGAAUCUCCAUGGGAAGCUGGGGUGUCUGCUCAGUAUCCUUGGCUCCACUACCAUGGUCAUCCAUGCCCCACAGGAGGAGGAAAUCGACAGCCUGGACGUCAUGGCCAAGAAGCUAGUUGAUCCAGCUUUCCUGUUCUUCGCCACCCUCGUGGUCAUCGUGGCCCUCAUCUUCAUCUUCGUGGUGGGUCCAAGGCGCGGUCAGACCAACAUCAUGGUCUACAUCACCAUCUGCUCGGUGAUCGGAGCCCUGUCCGUCUCCUGCGUCAAGGGCCUGGGCAUCGCCAUCAAGGAGGCCAUAGCCGGCCAGCCGGUGGUGAGCAACCCGCUCUCGUGGAUACUGCUGGUGGCCCUGGUGGCCUGUGUCAGCACGCAGAUCAACUACCUGAACAAGGCGCUGGACAUCUUCAACACGUCGCUGGUGACGCCCAUCUACUACGUGUUCUUUACCACGUCGGUGCUCACCUGCUCCGCCAUCCUCUUCAAGGAGUGGGAGCACAUGGCCACGGACGAUAUCAUCGGCACGCUCAGUGGCUUCAUCACCAUCAUUGUGGGCAUCUUCCUGCUCCACGCCUUCAAGGACGUCAACAUCAGCCUGGCCGCGCUGGCCGUGACCAUCCGCAAGGAGGAGACGCCGGCCUCAGCACCCAACGGCCUCACCGUCAUCUCUAGAAGGAAUGGCCACUCCAGCUACGAGCUGCUGGACAAUGACCGCACCGAGGACCAUGAUGACCGGGAGAUAGGACUGCCAUUUGACAGCGUCUCUAGAAGGAAUGGCUCCACGUCAAUUGCGUAGAAAUGGGGGGGGGACAGGAGAUGGCAUCUACUGGACUAAGGAUGCAGUGGGGGUUCCUGUUUCCUGGUUUUUAUUUAAAAACAGGCUUAACUUAAGACAAUCAACUCUUUGGGCAAAAAAAAGAAGGUGACUUGGAUGGACCAAUCGAUUGUAACUACUGUUGUUUUUUUAAUUAGAAUUAUUUGCCUUAUUAUACAUUUUCGGUUUUGACUUAAAACAAACUUAACUACAUGGUUAGGCUCCCUCAUCUCAUUCUCCAUGUAGCACUGUAAAUAAUUGAUCCUAUAUGUUUUUAAGAGCUUUUUGUUAGAAUUUCUGUACAGAUGUCUGUAUUUACAUGCACUGAGUUCCUUUCUACCAGUUGACUUGAUUGCUUUAUCUUUGUAAUAAAGUUGACCCAUGCACAGACAUGAGAUCCUACUAAAUCAAA